AAAUAAAAUAGAGAUAAAGUUUAAGAAAAAGCAAAUGAAAUGUAAAAAUAUUUUAUAUCAUUAUUAUCCAAAGGAAGAACGAUAGUGUGCUGGGGAAAGGGGGAAUGGCCUCUGCAGCGACUACAUCCAUUUUCAAGUUUUGUGUCUCUUUGAAAUCACCUUUCAUUCCAAUAUCAUUUUCAUUUCAAAAACCUAUUUCCUAUUCAACUUCUCCAAUUUUCUGUACUCUCAAUAUCAAAUCAGAAACUCAUCGUGUCAACAAGAAGAAAACUUCCUCUCCUACUGCUCCAAAAAAGAAAGAGAAAAAGAAGAAGAAGAAGAAUUCUGUUGUUGAAGUUAACGAUUCGGAAUCUUUAAAUUCAAAUGAUUUUGAACUUUUGCGCAAUUUUUCCAUGGAUGCAGAUCUUGAGGAUAUGGAGUUGCCGGAACCUCCCACCGGAUUUGUUUUAGAUGAUAACGGAACCGUUACGCUUUCUACGACCAAUAGACUUGCUACCAUAGUUGAUCCUAUCAGUAACCUUCCAUUGGAAUGUGUGAUACGGAGAGUGUUCAAAAGUUCUGAUCGAGAUGAAUGUAUGUUGCUAUGUCCUGUUGACACGCCUGUGCAAAUAUUGAAGAGCACACGUGAUGGAUGGUCAGCGAUUAGCGACGAGGAAGAUGAAUCUGUUCUACCUGCUGCAGCUUAUGCACUUGCCAAGAUACAUAUGCAUCUUGUUUAUAGUGGGUACUGUUACACAGCACGUGGCGGUUUUUGCUAUACAGAUAAAGAUAUACUUGACUUCCACACAGAUGAUGGUAAAGAAGUGGAUGGUUUGCCAAGCGAAGGUGUAGAAAUUACAUAUUUUUAUCUGAAAAAUACACGCUACCUGAUUUAUACACCGCCUGAGCCAGUUCAGUUUGUUGUUGUGAAGGAUGAGAAUGGGAUGUUUCAAAUGGCUGAUGAUGACUUACUUGAUGAUCCUGCUGUUAUUGACUCCAUAGACGAGGAGACUGAAUUUAAUGCCCUGGUGAUAGCAUGCCUUCUUCUCUACAGGAAGAAGAAGCUGCAGUUAUUGAAGCAUUGAUGGAUGAUGAAGAAGACUCUGAUGAAGAAGACUACUAUUGAUGGGUGAUGAAAACUAACAUGAUAUACUAUUGAGUUGUCACUUAGCAUUUUUUUUCUCUAAGACUACAUAGUCACCUCUUAGCGUGAGGAUAAGUAGUGAUAGAAUACUCUCCAUUUGUGUAUAUUAUCAAUUUUGAUUUCACCGAUCUUAUCUAUCUUUCUUUUUUA